AUGUCGUACAAAAUUGAUUCCUUAAUCCUAGGAUCUAUCGAAUAUCGUGGCAACUUUUCUGCGGUGGGAUGCCCGGCUCAAGUAUUGGACAAUGAUUUCUCAUCAGUUGCCAUUCGCUGUCGAAUCCAAACCGCACAAGCACGGGCAAAUUCGUCUUUCGAGUCGCAAUCAUCGAACCCCGAAGAGGCAGUUGCCGAGUAUAAACGCCGUUAUCAACGAAGCCCUCCUAGAGGGUUUAAUGAAUGGGUGGAGUUCGCUUUAAGUCAUCAGUCAAAAGUGAUUGACGACUUUGAUCAAAUCGAUCGAGACCUAGAACCAUACCGAACCCCCGAGGGUCGGCGAGUCUUCCAGCUACUAAAUGAAAGAAAGACAGACUGGCCCGGAACGAGGCGUGUUAAAAUUGACAACGGAGUUAUGUCUACAUCAGCGUGGUAUAUGUAUAACGAUCAAUGGUUAGGGCUUGUCGAACCAUUUGUCAAAGCGUUGCCAGACAGCGUUUUCUACAUGAGUGUCAUUGACGAACCGCGAAUACUCAGCAAACCUGGGCCUCCGCCAGAUCAGAUUUCUUUUGGUGACCAUUCGGGCAAAUCGAUUGAAGCACUAGUGAAGGACUCCUGUGCACAACUUCCUCGCGAGAUGACGAGACGUAUUAGCUAUGAAAAGGAUGUUUGUCAAUUUUCCGAACCUGGAAAGCUUCAUGGCCUCAUCUCUUCGCCUGAUACAUUUCAGUAUACCCACUCGCUUGCUCCUAUACUGAGUUUUGGUCGCAUGUCUGCCUUUAGAGACAUUCUAAUUCCAUGCCCGUGCUAUGUUUCACACCCCAUUCCAAAAGAAGAUAAUAUUCCCUUCUUGGAUAAAAGGCCGGGACUGUACUGGCGCGGCUCAUCUACCGGAGGAAGAGCCUCUCGCUUCAAUUGGGAGUUUGGACAUAGAGAGCGAUUUGUUACAUUCAUACAGUCUCUCAAAGAUGCUGCUAGUGUAAUUAAGGCAAGCCAAUUCUUUGGACAUUGGAAACCGGAUGUCCGCGAUCAGAAAAAAAUCGACCUUUUCAGUCACGGGUUGGACGUACACAUGGGAGCUUAUAUUCAGUGUGACAAUGAGGCCUGUAAAGAUAUGGAGCGUAUCAUGGGUCCUUCCGACAUUGAGCCUGAGGAUACAGCUUUAAACUACCGGUAUCUCUAUGAUAUUGAUGGAAACAGCAUGAGCACACGGUUUUAUCGUCUUUUAUCUCAACAUGCAGUCGUAUUGAAGCAAAGCUGGUUUCAAGAAUGGCACGAUGACCGCCUUGUCCCCUGGGUCCACUUCGUUCCAGUGACCAUGGGGAUGGAAGAGCUUCCUGCGUUGAUGGACUUUCUCGUUAAUGACCCAGAAGGCGAGAGAUUAUCCUCAGAGAUCGCCCAAUCCGGAUCCACCUGGUCACGACAAGUGUUACGACCUAUCGACAUGUCAAUAUAUAUAUAUAGACUGCUACUAGAAAUGGCUGAGCUUUACGGCUCGGAAGACUCUUUCAAAGGUUCAAAUGAGCUAAUGACGAAUGACGAACAAGAAUAA